AUGAGUUUCAAGUUUGUCCAAGGUCAACCGCUGGGUGACCUGGUCUCAUCGGGGGAGAGUCAUCUCAAAAUCGCCUGUUCACGGAUUAUGGUGCUGAACGAAACUGCUAAAAUUGAAGCCACAUCACGAGGAUAUUUCAUAACCGAAAAUAAAUCUCCCAUUCUCACCAAGUUUCUUAUUACACUCCUCGACAUCACACCUCAAAACCUGACCUUAGACCACCUGAGCGAAGUCUGGUGCAAACCCCCCCCUGUAUUCGAAAGCGCGGCAUUGUCAGACCAGGUAACUUUCUAUUCUUCCAAUGAUACGGUUUUAUCCCUUAUUCCACAGCGCCCGGACGAGGAACUGCAACUUGAAUGUAUUUCAUGA